AUGUGUCUUGCGGCUGCAGCAGCAGCUGUGGCUGCCAAGGGUAUUUGCAACACACCUGAUUGCGUCAUUGCAGCCGCCAUGAUGGCUAAGAAGAUGAACCUCUCCGCGAACCCUUGCGAGGAUUUCAGUGAGUACGCUUGUGGGCGCUUCAUUGAAGAAACCGUCUUACCAGAGGGCAGAACUCGUGUGGGCACUUUCAGUGUCUUGAGCGACGAAAACAAGCUUAUCAUGAAAGAUAUUAUCGUGGAGGACAUCAAAGACACAAAACCGCUUUAUUUGACCAACAUGAAAAAGCUGUACCGAUCUUGCACUAAUGAAGCUCAGAUCGAAAAGAUCGGACUGAAACCCUACCUUGAGGACGACCGGACAUUCGUGGACGACUGGCCCACACUCAAUCCCAGCUGGACAGAUGACAGCUUCAACCUUAACGAGGUCAUUGCUCGCUACGAGAGUGUCUACAUAGAGCCUAUCUUCUCCUACUAUGCCUCUACGGACAUGAUGAAUUCCAACCAGAAAGUUCUUUAUCUGAGUGAAGGAAACCUUGGACUGUCUAUGGAAUAUUUUGGCAAACCCAGAAAUGAUUCGGUCAUCAUGGCCUACGAGAAAUACUUGGCCGAAACGGCAAUUGCCCUGGAUGCCAACAGGACGAUCGCAGAGCAGGAUGCCCGAGACGUGGUGGAUCUGGAGAUUGCGUUAUCGAAGAUCAUGGUUCCCAGAGAGGAGAGACGAGACUCCAGAAAGCAGUACAACCUGGUUCAGCUGGGGAACUUGUCAAGUCUGUACCCAGAAUUGAACAUCUCUGGAGCCAUCAGAGAGGCCUUCGCAACCGCCAAUCUCACUCUACCGGAUGAUGAGAGAGUCAUUAACCGCUUCCCGACCUACAUCGGAAACAUCUCAUCGGUUGUCCAGGGAAUCUCUAACAG